AUGGGAUCUGACCCAGGAGUCGGCCAUUCGUUACUUACCACGCGGGCUCCGGACGACGAGCUACAUCCAAAGAAUGGUAGCCUCAGCGCCGUGGAAAAAUAUAUCAUAUCCGUGUUUGUCGCCAUUGCAUGGUACAAUGCUGCUGAGCUGAUCGUUUUCUGUCUAUCGACGUUCAAGUCCUACCGAGGAUGCUACUUCUGGAGCUUAUUCAUCGCGUCGCUCAGUCUCUUCCCAAUAUGCCUCGGUUACAUCUUCUACAUCUUUUAUCUGGGGAUACCGUAUUAUCUCUCGAUCUCCUUGAUCAUUGUGAGCUGGUCUUGUAUGGUGACCGGCCAUUCUCUCAUUCUAUGGUCGCGAUUACACCUCAUCAUACGCUCGCCCAGAGUGCUCAACCUGACGCUGGCAAUGAUCAUUCUUGACGGAAUCGUACUCCAUACCUCCACUGCCGUCCUACUGUACGGGGGCCACUCGCAUAAUGCCGUCAUGGCGAGCCGGUCUACGAGAGGGUAUAAUAUUAUGGAGCGGGUUCAGCUGGUAGUGUUCUGCGUCCAAGAAUUGCUGAUCUCCGGCAUAUACCUGUGGGAAACGGCAAAGAUGCUGCGCCUGCAUCCCAGUCCACUUCACUAUAAAAUUCUCAGCCAGUUCUUGGUUAUCAAUAUUUUCAUCAUUAUACUCGAUGUGGCUGUUGUCGGGAUUCAAUUCGCAGGGUACUAUGCCUUUCAAGUGACCUUCAAACCGGUGGCAUACAGCCUCAAGUUUAAACUAGAGUACGCCAUUCUGGGCCGCCUAAUAGCUCUUGCCACGAGUCCCUCCAAUUCUGAGCCAUUCCCGUCCAGUUCGCUGGGGUCGACCGGUGCAGUUGAAAGCUGGCCUGUUCAUGGGAGGCGACAACGGGUCGUCGUAUCGGAACCUUCCGAGCGAGGGCGGGAAAAAUGA